CAUCUCGUAGGCAUCGGGUCAAUAUGCGUGCCCUCAUUAUUCUAAGCAUUGUGGCAGCGGCAAGUGCCGGUAGCUUGUCCGGAUAUAAUUACGGACAAGGUGAGACAACCAGUAUUGGGGGUCGUGUAUCCCAAGUCCCUGCACUGGCGGGACCAGUUAGCUAUAGUGCCGCUCCCCAGGCCUCAGUUCACAAGGAGUUCUACAGCUUCUAUGCCAACGAUGACGACUUCGAGGAUAAGGGUGCUCUGCAGAGGGCUCUUGCCUCGGUCAAGAAGAACAUUCGCGUGAUCUUCAUCAAGUCGCCGGAGAACCGUGGCUACGAGAAUGCCGUUUUGGCCCUGGCUAAACAGGCUGCCCAGCAGCAGACUGCCAUAUAUGUGCUGCACAAACAGACUGACAUCAACGAGCUGGCCCAGAAAUUCAAUGCCGUGCGCCAGAAUGCCAACAAGAAGCCCGAGGUGCACUUCGUCAAGUACAGGACACCUGAGGAUGCUGCUAAUGCCCAGCGGGCCAUCCAAUCGCAGUACGAUCAACUCGGCGGCUCCAGUCAGUCCAUCAACGGUGGCGUGGCUAAUGCCAUCAACUUUGCAUCCCAGGGAGCUGCUCCAGCACGCGUUACUCCUCAACAAGUGCCUCAGAGCAACUACCUACCCGCCAACAUCCUGAGCCGCCUACGUCAUUAGAAAAUGGAUUGUUAAACGUUGUUUUCGAAUAAAAGUUAUCUAAUUUGGUUAUGUAAAUUAUA